AUGCAUUUGCCACGGAGAAGGCGGCUACAACGGAACCGAAUCUUUUUCUUGCUUGCCAUAGUGUUGGUCCUUUCUCUCUAUCAGCUCCAGUUCAGCCACUAUGCCCUUCCAGCACCACACACAGCGCCCCAACCCAUGGACCCUGUGAAAGUGACCUCCAGGGACCUCUCCAGCAACAAAACUGCCAUAACAGGCAAUGUCACAGCAGUACCCAAAAUAAGGCACUGUGUUUAUGUGGAUCCUGAGCCAACUGUGCACAUCACUACAUCAGUGGAUUCAACACCAGAGCAAGAAAAUGCCAGCAAAAGCUACCCAGAUGAAACACCACCAUACGAGUCCAAAGGAGAAUAUCCCCAGGACCUAUUCAGUGUGGAAGAACGCAGGCAAGGGUGGGUUGCACUUCACAUCUUUGGCAUGAUGUACGUAUUUGUGGCCUUGGCCAUAGUGUGUGAUGAGUAUUUUGUCCCCGCUUUGGGAGUGAUCACAGAGAAGUUGCAGAUCUCUGAAGAUGUGGCUGGAGCCACCUUCAUGGCAGCAGGUGGAUCAGCACCAGAACUCUUCACCUCCCUCAUAGGUGUCUUCAUCUCACACAGCAAUGUGGGCAUCGGUACCAUUGUGGGCUCAGCAGUGUUUAAUAUCCUCUUUGUCAUUGGCACCUGUGCCCUCUUCUCAAGGGAGAUACUCCACCUGACAUGGUGGCCCUUAUUUAGAGACAUCUCAUUCUACAUUGUAGACUUACUGAUGCUCAUCCUGUUUUUCCUAGACAGUGUCAUUGAUUGGUGGGAAAGCCUCGUUUUACUGACUGCCUAUGCCACAUACGUAUUUGCUAUGAAGCAGAACGUGUACCUAGAACAAUGGGUGAAGCAGGAGCUGAACAAGAAGCUAAAUGCUGUGCAGGCAGCAUCAGCAGAGCGUAUACAGAAGAAAAGCACUGAGGCAGUUGCAGAUGAUGGAACAAAGAAGCCAGCAGAUGGCAGGAAGCUGCAGCCUGCGUCGGCCUUACAGCGCGGCAGCAGCUCAGCCUCCCUGCACAACUCUCAAAUGCGCAGCACCAUCUUCCAACUCAUGAUCCACACCCUGGACCCCCUGACAGAAGCAAAAUUUAAAGACAGGGUUGACAUCCUGAGCAACAUGGCCACGGCCAAAGUGGAGACUCCAGCUGGGCAAGGAUCGAAGCCAGAAGCAGAAGAGCAAAAGAAGGCACCAAGCAGCGUUCGAGUAACUCCUGCCAGUGACUGUGACCCCAGCAAAGGCAAAGAGAAGACAGCUGCCCCGCAGGGCGGGCAGUCCUCUUCAGACAGCGAUACCUCGGAAGACAGCAGCUCUGAGAGUGAGGAAGACAGCGAUGAUGACAGCACAGAUGAUGAUGAAAACAACGAGCCGUUAUCUCUUGAAUGGCCAGAAACCAGGAAAAAACAAGCAAUUUACCUUUUCCUCUUUCCCAUUGUCUUCCCUCUCUGGAGCACUAUGCCUGAUGUUAGAAACCCCGACUCCAAAAAAUUCUUUGUCAUCACGUUUUUUGGAUCCAUCAUCUGGAUUGCUGUGUUCUCUUACCUCAUGGUGUGGUGGGCUCACCAGGUUGGUGAAACAACUUGGAUAUCCGAGGAAAUUAUGGGGUUAACCAUCCUGGCAGCAGGAACAUCAAUCCCUGACCUCAUCACCAGUGUCAUCGUUGCACGGAAAGGCUUGGGUGACAUGGCAGUCUCCAGUUCUGUAGGCAGCAAUAUCUUCGAUAUCACUGUCGGCUUGCCAGUUCCUUGGUUCCUUUAUUCUGUCUUCAAUGGGCUCAGUCCAGUUGCAGUCAGUAGCAACGGUUUGUUCUGUGCGAUCGUUCUCCUUUUUCUCAUGCUCCUGUUUGUGAUUAUCUCCAUUGCUGUAUGUAAGUGGAAAAUGAACAAGCUGCUGGGGCUCACUAUGUUUGCUCUUUACUUUGUGUUUUUGAUCAUCAGUGUCAUGUUAGAAGACAAGAUAAUAUCCUGCCCAGUAUCUGUAUGA